AUGUCUCUGGCCGAGCAUCCCCAUCCUUUCCGAUGGACGCAAAGGGCUUACUUUACAGACUUUAUUGAACAGCAGCUCGGCACCAGUACCUACAGCCUGGAUGAGGAGAAAGUCAAAAAUCUCAUGCUGCAAGUGGGCACAACUAUCCCAGGGGUAGAUUCGAGUGAGAGGGUCCGCAUAUUCCCAUGCUGCAUGCCUGGAUCUAAAGGUCCCCACCUACACAACCUUCACGGGCACGAGAAGCCUUCCAAGAUAGCCCUUGCGCUGACUGGGCUGCCAGAUAUCAAACUCAUGGGCCUUGAUUCCUACGCGCACCCACAUGAUAUGCUCGAGGGGUAUAAGACGAGGUUGGCCUUCAAGCCGCGUUCCCUGAAGCACCUCCUCCUAGUGUCGGGCCCCCUCCAAAGCUCGCAGAAGCAUGCCAAUAAAUCAGAUCUCAAGAUGGCCCCAUUAUGGUCCACGGUGACAGGCGCAAGAGGUUGUUGGGGAUUCCUUGGAGGUUCUGCUCCCAGUGGUCCUCCGCCCAUCCCUAUUCAGCGCCAAAGCAUCCUACAUCUCGAAGACGAGCUUCCACCCGCAAAGUACCGAACCUAUAUGCACCAGGCGCGAGUCCACUACGAUAAGGUAGCAAGCUAUGUGCAUGCAACAGGCAUUGCCGAUAUGAGGAUAAAUAAGAAUUGGUUCUUGACACCGCAUGGGAUGCUGCCGAUUACAGAAGACGACUUGUUGCGAGCGGUCCCCACGGCCUGGAGUAUUUCUACGUCACGCCCAAUCGCGGCCCUGGAGGAUACCAAUGCAGCUGUUGAGAUGGCUCCCCGACAGGCAAGGCAGUGGACGAGUCCGGCAGGGAAUGUGGACGGGGCAGUUUUUGACGAGUUGCUGGCCCUGUUUACUAAGAUUCCAGAGGGGGCACACUGUUGCUGGCCCGCGGCACUUGAUGUGUUAAGGGGCAUGAAGAGGGAGGACGUCAGGACUGAAGACCUGUUGGCCAUUCGCUGGAAGAAUGUCUUACAAGAUAUGGCUGCAUUAAGCCCGGGCCCUGAGGAGUGGCUUAAGGAUUUGAAAAAGCUGGCAGGGAAGUAUUUGGAGGAGACCAAAAAGAAUAUGAAGGACUGA